AUGAAUUGGAGGGCACAGUUCACAAAGAGCAAGCUGCUCUUCUAUUUCUUCUUCUGGGGUGGACACAUUGGACUUUUUGCUCUCGGAUGGUAUUUGCAAUCAAGUAACCACAACCUAGACGCUCUCAACAAGUUGAGGUAUUCGGUAUGGAUUUCACGAGGCGCCGGUCUCUGUCUCAGCGUGGAUGGCGCUUUGAUUAUUUUCCCCAUGUGUCGAACUCUACUCAGAUACGUGCGGCCCAAAAUUCGAUGGUUCCCAUUAGAUGAAACGCAGUGGUUUCACCGUCAAGUGUCUUAUUCCUUGCUGAUUUUCAGCAUCAUUCAUACCGCAGCCCACUAUGUUAAUUUCUACAAUGUCGAGAAGGAUCAACUUCGCCCAGAGACUGCUAUUCAAAUUCACUAUACCCAGGCCGGUGGUAUCACAGGACACGUGAUGCUGUUGUGCAUGCUGCUCAUGUACACUACCUCCCACCGAAGGAUUCGACAACAGUCGUACGAGACGUUCUGGUAUGUGCAUCACCUGUUUGUUCCAUUCAUGCUGGCCCUUUACACCCACGCGACUGGCUGUUUUGUCCGCGAUACAACCGACCCAUACUCACCAUUUGCCGGUUCCAACUUCUGGAACCACUGCCUGGGAUACGAAGGAUGGAGGUGGGAGCUAUGGGGAGGAGUAAUCUAUAUGCUGGAGCGUCUGUACCGAGAGAUUCGCGCCCGUCGUGACACUGAAAUCUACAAAGUCAUCCGUCACCCUUAUGAUGCAAUGGAAAUCCAAUUCUGCAAACCCAGCAUGAAAUACAAAGCAGGCCAGUGGAUUUUCAUCCAAGUACCUGAGGUCUCAAACACCCAAUGGCACCCUUUCACAAUCACCUCUUGCCCCUUCGAUCCUUAUAUCAGCAUCCAUGUCCGCCAGGUUGGUGACUUCACUCGUGCCCUCGGUGACGCCCUCGGUUGCGGUCCCGCCCAAGCCAAAGACCUGGAAGGCCUCGACCCCUUGGGUAUGUACGAAAUCGCGAUGCAAAACGGACAACAAAUGCCUACCUUACGUGUCGAUGGACCUUACGGAGCCCCCGCCGAGGAUGUCUUCGACAACGAAGUCGCCGUGCUCAUUGGCACAGGAAUAGGUGUCACCCCAUGGGCAUCGAUCCUCAAAAAUAUCUGGCAUCUCUGCGGCGGACCCAAUCCUCCCCGCCGUCUGCGCCGUGUAGAGUUUAUUUGGAUAUGCAAGGACACAAACUCCUUCGAAUGGUUCCAAGCCCUCCUUUCCUCUCUCGAGCAGCAGUCCGCCAUGUCUGCGAGCACCCAGGGCGGGCCUGAAUUCCUACGCAUUCAUACCUAUCUCACCCAAAACCUUGAUCAGGAUACAACCGCAAAUAUCUACCUCAACUCUGUGGGCACAGAGCUUGACCCUCUCACCGAACUCAAGUCACGCACCAACUUCGGACGCCCAGACUUCAAAAGGCUUUUUGGCGCCAUACGUGAUGGCCUACUCGAUCAAACCUAUCUUGCCGGUCUGGAGAGAUCCGAAGUCGGUAUAUACUUUUGUGGACCCAAUUCGGCAGCACGAGAAAUUCGCGAGGCAGCUCAAGAGUCGUCGACGAGAGAUGUUAUAUUUAAGUUCUGGAAGGAACACUUCUAA